CUUCUCUUUUGGUUUUUUGUGUGGAGAGGAAAAAACACCUCCUUUUCCUUCUCCUUCUCUUUCUCUUUGUCUCUGUUUUUCCCCUCUUUUACUUUCUCACACCAUACCCCUUUUUUCUCUUCUAUCUCUGUGUUUUCAGUUUUUUUUUUCUUUGCUGCAUUUCAUCAAACACAAGGGGGGUGUUUUUAUUUUUUGUGUUUUUUGAAAUCAGUGAAAAAGUUGGUCGGAAUUAAUGGAAAUUCCGGUGAUGGGUUGUUGUUAAUGGAAGUAGUAGUAGUAGUAGAAGAAGAAUACUUCUAUUUUGCUUCUUAACCAUAAUCAUCAUCAUCAUGGAUUUUGAUGCCGGAAUUUCCUUGUCUGUGACUGAAGGACCUUCCUCUUUGUCACCGUCUCUCGACCAAGACACUUUGUGGCAGAUGAAUUUGAGAUCAAGGGAUUCAAUUGAGUCGGGACAUUAUCCUGUCCGUGAAGGCGAACCAGAUUGUUCCUACUACAUCAGAACUGGUCUCUGUAGGUUUGGAUCAACUUGCCGGUUCAACCAUCCUCCUAAUAGGAAGCUGGCCAUCGCCACUGCAAGGAUGAAAGGAGAGUAUCCAGAAAGAAUAGGACAACCAGAAUGCCAGUACUUCUUGAAAACGGGAACUUGCAAAUUUGGAGCCACUUGCAAAUUUCACCAUCCUAAAGACAAGGCUGGGAUUGCUGGAAGAGUUACCCUAAAUGUCUUGGGCUAUCCACUUCGCCCGAAUGAGUCUGAAUGUGCUUAUUACAUGAGAACUGGACAGUGCAAGUUUGGAAGUACCUGUAAAUUUCACCAUCCCCAACCUUCUAACAUGAUGGUCUCCUUACGUGGUUCUCCUGUUUAUCCUCCCGUUCCUUCUGCAACAACUCCUGGUCAGCUGUCCUAUCCCUUGUCUAGAGGUUCUUUUAUCCCUGGUGCACGCUGGCAAGGUCCUUCAGGUUACACUCCAUUGAUAGUGCCUCAGGGAGUAGUAUCAGUUCCAGGAUUUGCAUACAGUGGUCAGAUGGGCUCAGUUUCUUCUCCUGAGGGCCAGGGACAGACAGCUGGAAAUAACCAGGUCUAUGGAACUUCACGAUCCAGUGAUCCAGCGACCAUGGGAUCCCAAGGAGUCACUUCCCCAUAUCGUCAAACUUCUGGUCCUAUGGGGUACUAUGCAUUGCAAGGGGAGAAUGUCUUCCCUGAACGACCUGGACAGCCUGAAUGCCAGUUUUACAUGAAGACCGGAGACUGCAAGUUUGGUGCUGUUUGUAGAUUCCAUCAUCCAAGGGAAAGGCUUAUUCCUCCUCCUGAUUGUCUGCUAAGUCCCAUUGGACUUCCUUUACGCCCUGGAGAACCAUUGUGUAUUUUCUAUUCCAGAUAUGGGAUCUGCAAAUUUGGCCCAAGUUGCAAGUUUGAUCACCCAAUGACGGUUUUCACUUAUAGUAUCGCAGCAUCAUCAACUACUGAUGCUCCUACAGUUCAGCGUCUAUUGGGUUCAUCAUCAGGAACCAGUGCAUUGAACAUGACUUCAGAAGGGCUUGUUGAAGCAGUUUCAACGAAGCCCAGGCGACUGUCACUCUCAGAAACAAGAAAGAUGCCGUCUGGUGAUAAUAACAUUGACAGAGAAGGGUGAUAUUUAUUCACCAAUUACCAGCCAGCAUCAUCAUUUUCUAUCUUUUUGAGAAUCACUAACAGUUGCCUGUAAAUUCUUUUCCAUCGGUGGAGAUGUACAGAAUCCAGUAAAAAUCUCAAUUUAUUCUUCUGAAAAUGCAUUUCAGUCGAUAAAGUUGACAUAUCUGUACUUUCACUUUGGAGCAAUGUAUAAAUCUGCCGAUGUUGGCACAUAUUGGUGAAUCCAACUGUUAAUUAUUCAACCGCCAA